AUGGAUCUCAAGGAAAGCCAAAGAAAAAAGAAUAGGUUGAUGGAGUGGACGAUGGUGGUGUUGAACUGCUUGGCCUUAUGCAUUGGCACCACUGCAGGGCCAUUGUCACUCAGGUUUUACUUUGUGCAUGGAGGGUCUAGUAGAUGGCUGUGUUCGUGGCUAGAAACUGCGGGGUGGCCCAUUCUCAUUCUGCCUCUCUUAAUUAUAUACAAAAGGCAGCCAGAUGUUCAACAUGUUACUUUCUACCAAUGUCUUGCUUCCUGUGUAAUUGGGAUCAUGACAGGGGUAAAUGAUUACAUGGAUGCAUGGGGAGUUUCUUACCUGCCUCUCUCUACUUACUCCUUGUUGAAUGCAACUCAGCUGGCCUUCAAUGCAGUCUUUGCAUUUCUCUUGGUCAGUCAGAAAUUCACCUUUUAUUCAAUCAAUGCUGUAAUUUUGCUCUCCCUAGACGCUGUUUUGCUUUCCUUCCAAACCAAAAGUGACAAACCCAAAGAGAUCACAAACGCAAAGUAUAUAUUGGGUUUUCUUUUGACACUUGGUGCAGCUGUGAUCUAUGGAUCAAUCCUUCCCAUCAUUGAACUUGUCUAUAAGAGAAGCAAGUGCAGAGUAACAUAUACUCUGGUUAUGGAGAUGCAGCUCAUAAUGUCAUUUACGGCAACGGUGUUCUGCACAAUUGGCAUGGUAGUGAGUGAGGCGAGGGCAUCUGAUAUUGGAGAAGCUAAGUUCUACAUUGGUUUAGCAUGGAAUGCAAUCUCGUGGCAGAUCUUCUUCAUUGGGGUUUAUGGUGUCAUCUUCCUAACGUCUUCUCUGUUAAGUGGUGUCCUCAAAACUGUGUUUAUUCCAGUGACACAAGUGUUGCCAGUUAUUAUAUAUCAUGAGAAUUUCAGCGGGGAGAAGGGCCUUGCUCUGGUACUGGCCUUAUGGGGUUUUGCCUCAUAUUUAUAUGGAGAGUAUUUGAAAUCCAAACAGCCAGCCAAUGUCACAGAGAUUAUUGGCCAUGACUGUGAAUUGUCAGGAAUCAAGGAAGAAAAAUCUUUGGAGCUGGCUGUUAAAAGGGGAAAAAUCUAA